AUGCAUGAUUUCUGCUUUACUAUCCCUUAUGGGUUAAUUCUUGUGUGUGGUGGUGUAAUUGGAUAUGCUAAUAAAGGAAGCAUUGCUUCACUUGCUGGAGGUGUUGGUACUGGAUUUGCUUUGAUCUUAGCUGGUUAUUUGAGCCUGCAAGCAUUUCAUAAACGCAAAAAUUCUUACUUUGCUUUGAUUCUUGAAACUGCUUGUGCAGCCACGCUAACAUGGGUUAUGGGGCAGCGAUACAUGCAAACUUCAAAAAUAAUGCCGGCUGUUGUUGCUGGUAUCAGUGCACUCAUGGCUGGAUUUUACCUGUACAAAAUUGCCACAGGAGGAAACCAUUUCCCACCUAAGACUGAGUAAUAAUCAUAUGAUUGUUUAUUUGGGAUUCCAAUUCCAUUUUGUAUGUAUUGAGUGAGUAUAUGUGAAUUAUUAAGAAUUGUUUUAUACAGCCGGCUGAAAUUGUACUUGUUUGUCAAUUUUAUUGAAUACAAUGGGAUUUGCUUUCA